CCGAGGUGCGGUAUCGGGCGCGUGAAGACGGACGCUGGAGGAGCGGUACGGGCGGGCGCGAGGGAUGUAAGAGCACAGCAGAAAAUGUCCACUGAGCGAACUUCUUGGACGAGCCUGUCCAUGAUUCAGAAAGUAGCCCUGGGCCUUGGGAUCCCAGCCAGUGCUGCGGUUGCCUAUAUCCUGUACCGCAGGUACAAGGAAAGCAGAGAAGAACGGCUGACAUUUGUUGGAGAAGAUGACAUCGAGAUAGAGAUGCGAGUUCCUCAGGAGGCUGUGAAGCUUAUCAUCGGGCGGCAAGGAGCCAAUAUUAAACAGCUGCGGAAACAGACAGGUGCUCGGAUUGAUGUGGACACAGAGGAUGUAGGAGACGAGCGAGUGCUACUUAUCAGUGGUUUUCCUGUUCAGGGAGAGGUGGCGAGACAAUUCGUUCUAUCUGUAAGGCCUCUGGAGCCAAAAUUACCUGUGACAAAGAAUCAGACGGGACGUUACUACUAUCAAGGCUUAUCAAAAUCUCAGGAACACAGAAAGAAGUGGCAGCAGCCAAGCAUUUGAUACUGGAGAAAGUGUCAGAAGAUGAAGAGCUUCGCAAGAGAAUCACCCAUUCUGCAGAAGCCAGGGUCCCUCGC